AUGGUACCUACAAAAAAAAGUAUUGUUUGGAAAUAUUUCGAAACAAUUGAUGAGAAAUCUGCCAGAUGCAAACUAUGCCAAAAAAUUGUUAAAACGGCUGGCAAUACCUCUAAUACGAUGGCACAUAUCAAAAAUGUUCAUAAGGCGGUCUACUUGGAAGUUUUCAAAAGUAACAACAGUGCUGCUGUUAUAAAACAUUCUAAUUCGGGUUCGUCCGAUUCAUUCUCCACUACUUCGAAACAAGAUACCAUUACGAUAUCGGAAUCUUACUUAAACGAACAUCAACUGUCGCCUUCAACUUCUACGUCGUCUUCAAUGGAUUGUAGUGAGAUACUUACGCACAAUACUCAAACUGAUCAAAAGAUGGAUUAUGAUAAGGUGUUGUCUUUGAAACGCCAGAGAUCAAUUGAAAGUAGUUUUGGUGAAAUACAUGCGUAUACCUCUACUGGGGACAAAACAAAAAGAAUUAACAAUGCGAUAAUGUUUAUGAUCUGUAGAGACAAUCAACCUUUUUCAUUAGUUGAAAAUGAAGGUUUCAAGAAUCUUCUGAAAGUAACAGUGCCUCAUUAUAAGAUUCCUAGCAGAACCUCUGUGACACGCUGGAUAGAUGAAAAGUAUGAUGCAUUAUCAACAGUAAUGAAAAAUAAAUUAUGCUGUGUAGAAAAUCUUACACUAACAAGUGACAUUUGGUCAGAUCUACAAAUGCGAAGUUAUCUAGGUGUAACUGCUCAUUUUGGCAUCGGAAUUGAAUUUCAUGUUGUAACUUUAGGUGUUUACCACUUAGAUGAAAGGCAUACUUCCGAAUACAUUGCACAAACACUCACUAAAACAUAUGAAGAGUGGGGAUUUAAUACUGAUAAGGUCACAGCAGUAGUAACAGAUAAUGCUGCAAAUAUGGUGAAGGCUGUCGAAAUUGCAUUUGGGAAAAAAAAGCAUAUCCCUUGUUUUGCGCAUACACUUAAUUUAGUAGCUCAACAUGUUUUGGCUAUUCCAGAACUACAGGAAAUAUUAACAAAAGCAAAAAGUGUUGUUACAUUUUUUAAACAAAGUUGUGUUGCAAGUGACGAGUUGCGUAAAUCAAUUCAAGCUGACACAAAAUUGAUUCAGGAUGUCCCAACACGUUGGAACAGCACAUACUAUAUGAUUGCUCGUUUCCUUGAUUUACGAAAUGCUGUGAGUGAAAUUUUGAUUCGUCAUAAGACAGCACCGCCGAUGUUAACUGGUAUGGAGUUGACUAUAUUAACAUCGCUUCUUAACGUACUACAACCACUAGAAGCAGCGACUAAGGAAAUAUCUGGCGAUAAAUAUUGCUCUAGUAGCAAAAUCAUUCCAUUAGUGCACUGCAUGAUAUCAAAACUGAAAAACUUAGUCAUUGAAGAAUCUUUAAUCAAGGAUGUACAAAAACGCACUCUUACUGAAAUUAAUAAACGAAUGGGCGCAAUCGAGCAGGUAUCAGCAUUAGCUAUCGCUACAAUAUUAGAUCCAAGAUUUAAAAAACUUCAUUUUGAAGAUGCCAUGGCGUGUGCAAAUGCCGUCAUUAAAAUUAAAGAGAUGAUUAAAAAGAAUCAACAGGAUGAAUCUACUGUGGAAUCUGACUCUGACAACUCAGACAAAAUUAGUCUAUCAUCGGAUCUUUGGAGUGAUCACCAUAAACUGGUACAACGAAAUUGGAAAACAAAUAAUACCAAUGAAAGUCUUUCAGAUGAGUUAUCGCUUUAUUUGAGGACUCCAGUGAGUAGAUUUAACGAAAACCCAUUAGAAGUGUGGGCAGACUAUAAAAUACAGUUCCCAACGUUAUACAAUGUGGCUUUUAAAUAUUUAACCAUGGUGGCUAGCUCAGUUCCAUCUGAACGGCUUUUCUCAAAAGCCGCACAGGUUCUUACACAGCAGAGAAGCAGAUUGCAAGCCAAAAGGGUCAAUAAAAUUUUGUUUUUGCAAAGCUUAGAGAAGAAAUACUGGGAUUUAUAA